AUGUCUGAUGCAGCUCCUUCAUUGAGCGAUCUAUUCUAUGAUCCAACGUAUAAUCCUGGUCAGAGCUCCAUCAACUACACUUCCAUAUAUGGCAACGGAACUACCAUCACGUUCGAUGAGUUACAAGGCCUAGUCAACAGUACUGUUACUCAGGCUAUUAUGUUCGGGGUCAGGUGUGGUGCAGCUGCCUUGACUCUGAUUGUCAUGUGGAUGAUAUCAAGAAGCAGGAAAACGCCAAUUUUCAUUAUCAACCAAGUUUCAUUAUUUUUGAUCAUUCUGCAUUCUGCACUCUAUUUUAAAUAUUUACUGUCUAAUUACUCUUCAGUGACUUAUGCUCUCACCGGAUUUCCUCAGUUCAUCAGUAGAGGUGAUGUUCAUGUAUAUGGUGCUACAAAUAUUAUUCAGGUACUGCUGGUGGCUUCUAUUGAGACUUCGCUAGUGUUUCAGAUCAAAGUCAUUUUCACGGGUGACAACUUCAAGAGAAUAGGUUUGAUGUUGACAUCAAUAUCUUUCACUUUAGGUAUUGCUACAGUGGCCAUGUAUUUUGUAAGUGCUGUUAAAGGUAUGAUUGUAACUUAUAAUGAUGUUAGUGCCACCCAGGAUAAAUACUUCAAUGCAUCCACAAUCUUACUUGCAUCUUCAAUAAACUUCAUGUCAUUCGUCCUGGUAGUUAAAUUGAUUCUGGCCGUUAGAUCAAGAAGGUUCCUCGGUCUCAAACAGUUCGAUAGUUUCCAUAUUUUACUUAUAAUGUCGUUUCAAUCUUUGCUGGUUCCAUCAGUGAUAUUCAUCCUCGCAUACAGUUUGAAACCAAACCAGGGUACAGAUGUACUAACUACCGUUGCCACAUUACUAGCUGUUUUGUCUUUACCACUAUCGUCAAUGUGGGCCACAGCUGCCAAUAACUCAUCCAAAACGAACACAAUCACUUCAGACUUUACGACAUCUACAGAUAGAUUCUAUCCAGGCACAUUGUCUAGUUUUCAAACUGACAGUAUCAACAAUGAUGCUAAAAGCAGCCUUAGAAGUAGAUUGUAUGAUCUAUAUCCUAGAAGGAAAGAAUUAACAUCAGAUAAACAUUCAGAAAGAACUUUUGUUGCUGAGGCUGCGAAUGACAUAGAGAAAAAUCAGUUUUAUCAGUUGCCGACACCCACGAGUUCAAAAAAUACAAGGAUAGGACCGUUUGCUGAUACAAGUUAUAAAGAGGGAGAUAUCGAACCAGUCAACAUGUAUACCCCCGAUACAGCUGCUGAUGAGGAAGCGAGAAAAUUUUGGACUGAAGAUAAUGAUAAUUAA